AUGUAUUCUGACCCCUUUCACGCUCUCACCGGACUGCCCGGCUGGGAAAGCCAGAUCUGGCAACAUUUGGACGAGCUGAUGGGGCUGGGGUGGUUUUCUCGGAUUUGGGUUAUCCAAGAGGUCGUGGCAUCGCCACAGGAUCCCAUCAUCCUUCACGGGAAGAACCUCUAUCCUUGGCAUCGUCUCAGCUGGGCCGCCGCCUGGCUCCGGCGGAGCGGUUACUGCCGGCACCCCCGGAUCUCUCCCCAGAUCCCCAAUUUGGAUAUCAUGGGCGCCCUCCGAAGAUCCAAGUGCAAGUGGCCGCUCGACGCCCUCCUGGUGACAACCCACGCAAAAUUCCAGGCAAGCGACCAGCGAGACAAGGUGUAUGGCAUCCUUGGACUAGCCACUGAGUGGCAGGACGAGACUGCGCAUCCUGCGGCUCUCCCCCAGGCUUCCAAAGCGAGCGGCUCUUCUCUGAGGGUCGCAGGUCUGGUUAUGGGAGAGAUUGCCCAUACCCUCCGCUUCAACCCCAAAUUCGUCUCCAAGCAGCAGUUCGACCGAGAACUCGACCAUCGCAUGGGUCAGGUGCUAGAGCUGGCCCUCGAGACAUUGGCUGAUAGCGACCUCUCGGGCUGGACGGCACGGCUCGCCGAGGUUUUGUCGGCCAAACAGCAUUCCUUGGGCAGCCGAGACUGGGAACAGAUAUGCCAGGACGGAGCCGCAUACUUGUGCACUCUUCUGACCUCGAAUGGCUCUGAGAAACAAGCUAAGCAAGCCGAGCUCGCCGACUUGAUCAGCCUUGGGUCGACGAACGGCGUGGCCGAGGAGUUUGCGGCCUUCGCACGCGAUUAUUGUUUCAACAGGACUUUUCUAGUAACAUGCACUAGAAAGAUGGGUAUCGGGCCAGCCAGCGCAGAGGUCGGAGAUACCAUCACGGUCCUCCUGGGUGGAGACAUCCCUUUUGUCACUCGACGGCAGGGGAACAGCUGGGCCUUUGUGGGAGGAGCAUAUAUCCAAGGGCUCAUGGACGGUGAAGCCAUUGCGGCGUGGAAGCAAGGAGAUGUCAGCAAAACGGUGUUUGAGAUUCAGUGA